CUUGGAAAGUUACUGCUAACAUAAAAUAUAGACAACUGGGAAUGUUUUCUCCUUAUGUCUCAUAUAUCAUUCUUUCCUUUUGAAUCAUAUCUUCCCAUUAAAAAAAUGGAAAGUGCACACACAAGAGCAGCUGAGUGUAAUAGAGUUCAGCCUUUAAUACAAGCCAGUCAUGGUUACCAGAGAGCCUGACACAGCUUGUACAGUAGUGGUGAGCUGAAAUAGCUUGGGUAUUCUGUAGCUAAGGAUUGGAUUGAUUAGAAAAAAUAUAUGAGCAAGGGAUGUUGAGGAUCAGAAGCCAGAAUCCUUUCAUUUCUUUGACAGCUUUGAAAAGGAUAGGGUCUCAAUUCUUGGGCUGCAUUACUGUUAGAAAAGAUUCUAUGAGCAACAAAAUUUUAGCAGCAAAGGAACCUGAAAUGGGAAACUGGAGACAGCAGAUUACUACCGUGAACUAAAGAACUAGUUAAUUUGUUCAAGUUUGAAAAGAGAAAGAAGGAUUAAUUGAAUGGAAAAAUACAGAGCAUGUUUUGUAGCACAUGAUCGGCCACCAUUAAGAUACACAUACGCACACACAGAGUAGAAUAGAUCAAAUCUUAGGACAAGGGGGAAUGUCCUUAAGAUGAAAGAAGGCAGAUUUAGAUUAGAUAUCAGAAAGAAAUUCUUUACUGUGGGGGUGGUGAGGCUCUGGGUCAGGUAAUCCAGAGAGGUCUGCCCCAUCCCUGGAAGUCUUCAAGACCAGACUGGAUGGGUCCCUGAGUGAGAGGUCUAGUGGAAGAUUCCCAGCACACGGCAGGAGGGUUGGAACCAGGAACAAAUAUAUACGAAAUCGUCUUGCUGUUGAUAACUGGAGCGGUUUUCCAGUGUGGUCUCUGCUUGACUGUGAACUGAGUAUUAUUUCCUCUAUGAAGGGCUGCUUCUGUACCUCACUGCAUCACCACCAAGAGAAACUGAAAGCUCUGCAAGCCUCUCUAAACUGUGGGAACUGCAGGAGACUUGUCUCUAUUUUUUCCUUUUCUGACAGACAUUUUGCUCUUCUCAAAGUAAGGAGAGGCAGAAAAAUGGAUAAGUUACAGAAAGCAGUGGAUUUCUACAUCCGCCACCAGACCACUCUGAGUUUCAGCAUUGUGUCCCUGCUGACAGCUGCCAGUGAGCGCGUCUUCUCAUCUGUGGUGUUCAAGUGUCCCUGCAACUCUGAGAACAUGUUGUAUGGUUAUUCCUUCCUCUUGGCACCUGCCUUCGUCCUCUUGCUGCUCGGCUACAUGGUGAAUACCAGAACAUGGCUCCUGCUUACAGGCACGUGCUCUCUGGAGAAGCAUCCCCAAUGCUUUUCCUGGGAAACCUGGGCCAGCUUCCUCCAGCUGUUGGUGCCGAUGACAGCCAAGGCCUCGGUGGCCCCACUCACCUGGAUAGCGGUGGCCCUGCUUGGAGCCAACUUCUACGAGUGUGCAGCCAGCGGGAGCAACAUGACAGCACAGCUCUUCUGUAAAAAUAAAGGAAAUUACAGCCAAGAGCAGCUGUACAAAAUGCCCUGUGAUGAGGAGUUAUCAGCAGAGAUGUCAAGUGAAUGCCUCAGCUUUCAUGCACAGUCACAGCUGAUAGGAUGGUUCCUGAUAGGCAGCAUCAUUACUGUGGCACUGAUUUCAACAUGUGUCACCUACUGCUGCUCCCCGGUCAGCUAUCUUCAGUUCAACUUCUGGAAAAUUUACUCAAGAAUAGAACAUGAACUCUUUGAGACCAAAGCCAAAGAGCAUGCAACCAAGCUAGCAGAAAGAAAUACAAAUUGCUUUUUUGAAGCCACUGACCCAGCACCAUUUCAUACUCCCAGGAAUGAAGACUGGCAGAAGGUUUCAAUCUUGUAUACCUUUAAUUCACAAGAGCAGUAUUACAGCAUCUUACACAAGUAUGUGAAUACCAACAGAGGCAAGAGCACAAAAUUCAGGGAAGAAGGUCAGCAUCUCACUGUUUUAGAAUUUGUGGAUGAAGACCAGGCAAGCGUUUCAGGGUUGUAAUGAAACAAAUCCUUUGCAAUGCUGGCAGCCUUUUUAGCCCUGCUGACAUGAAAAGAGUCUUUUUCUCUGGUCUUACUGAAAUCUAUGCAAACUGAAAGUGAAAGCUGAUAGCUGUAAUCCUCAGUAGUUUUGCUUUCAAAAACAUUUUCAUCCUUUUGCUUAAGUACAUUUAAAAGGGAGUUUUCUUAUGUUGUUGUCCAUUAAGAAGAGUUGUAUGUAAAAUAAUCAGCAUCCACAAAGAUGUCAGCACAUAUUAUGUCAAAUAAUUAUCAAUACUUUAAAAGCACUUGGCAGGUGGAGUAAUAAUACCAAACCUUGUAGUGUAAGAGACGAAGACAGGAAUGGAAGAUUUGAUCAGAAAUUCAGCUUAGUUUAUUAGCUCUCUCUUUAAAAUGAAGCUUUCAGUGAAGCUUAGAGCAAGCUAUAGAUUAAAAAGUUUAUUUUGUGUUGAGGGAUUAGGCUUAUGCAUAGCAUGGCGGUGUAGGUGAAGCUUAUAUAAUAACAAGCAUUAAAAGCACAUUCAUACAUUUAAGGACAUUAAACAUCUGCAAUCCAUAUUAGCAAGUAGUAAUAUUCUUAUCAAAGAACAUCUUAUUAUAAGAAAUAAAGAUACAAGUUUUGAAUGAAGAAUAAUAAAGUCCACUUUUCUUCUGAAAAGCUGUCGUUUAAGGGAGCAUUUUAGAUCUGUAAGUCAGAUUUUUGGUCUAGGCCAUCCAUUUACUUCUCCCAGAAAUUCUCUCUUUUUACCCAAUAAAUUCAGAAGUUAUUCAGACAGACAGACAGACAGACAGGAAUCCCAAGAAGAUAUUUGUUACCUUCAUUCUGAAAGGAAGGAAGAAGGGGAGAGCCUAUUUUAUCUAGCUGAAUGUAACAAGUUUGAGGCUUCUUUCUCACUAUAAACUAAAAAUACAACACAUGAAGACAAAACCAAAUUUAAUUCUGCAUGUAGAAAAGAAUUUAUAAAAAAUAUUCAUCACAGUCUCUUAAUUGUUCAGUGCUCUUUUCCUUCUGAGAAACUGGAUGAUUAUGGAGUAACAGUGCAGGCUGGGGGCUGACCUCUUAGAGAGCAUCUCUGUCGAGAAGGACCUGUGUGUCUGGGUGGAUGGCAAGCUGACUAUGAGCCAGCAGUGCUC